AUGACAUGUAGAAACUCAUCAUGGAACAACAGCGGACUAUGUCAGGUAUGGAACAAAAUUUCCAAACUUUUGGCCAAAGUGGAAUCCUUGGAAGCGCAAGCCAUGGCACACCCCAAAGCAACCGCUAACAUCCCAUUAUCCCUAGCUGAAAUUGCCAAGGAAGUCCAGCAGCAAGACGACAAAAAGUUUACGGUGGUGUUCGAAUCUGCUGCAGAAACAGAAGACGAAGCUACCAACAACGCUGCUGACAAAGCUCUGGCCGAAAGUCGAAAGUUGCAUUGA